AUGGAAAGGAAGAAGUCGUCUAUCACAGCUAUGGACAGGACGAUCAGGGCUCUCACACAUUGUAUGCACGUACAGUGUCUUCUUGCUCACGGCAGAAUUCGAAAUCAAUGGAUCAAUGACGAGGAAGUGAAAGGCAUUCUGCUGAGUAUGGUACCGCAGUCCGUACUGAGUAUCUGGAACCGCGAAGAUCCAGAUAAGCAUUUUAGCCGCCUUCUUGAUACCCUCCAGAAAUGGUGGCGGAUCAAGUUCAAGAUCACGAAGCCCGGGCUUAGGAAAGUUGGGUACACCUCUAUCGCUUCGAAGGAUGAACCGUCUGCGAAGGAGGAUCACGUGUACGAUGAGGUGUUCAGGUCUAUUCAUGAUUUCCGCGAGACGGCGGCCAAAUUGGAGGGAAGUCGUGAUCUGGGUGCGCAGCUAUUUACUUCUUUGCUGCGGGCGAUUGGGAUCGAUGCCAGGAUGGUGUUUUCGCUACAGCCUCUUGGAUAUGGCUUUGGCAAAUUCGAGGAUGCGCCAAAACGGAAGAAGAGGAAGAAGAAACCUCCAAUACCGGACGCAGACCUUCCCUAUCCAUUUUUCUGGACGGAAUGGUUCCCUGUCGAGACGCUCGUCCUACGUAACUGCGAUACUUCGAACCCUGAUAACUACGAACCCCGUGGCAAGAUCGCGGAGGAGAGGCGCAUGGUAAUGUGCUACGUCGUUGCGUUCGAAGAAGAUGGGUGCGCUAAGGACGUCACCAUGCGAUAUGUCAAGAACUUUCCGGGCAAGGCAAAGGCUUUCAGGGUUUGGCCAACGAGCAAAGCACGGGGGAAUAAGGUCGAAACUCAGGAUUGGUGGAGAGAUGUGAUUACACCGUUGAUGAGGCCUGAGCGCACGGAGAGGGACGAGAAGGAGGAUAAGACGUUGCAAAAAGUGACGGAGAAGAAGACAAAGGCGCCGACAACGAUUGGAGCGUAUAAGGAUCAUCCUGAGUUCGUGUUGGAGCGGCACUUGAAACGGGAGGAGGCGAUGAAGCCAGAUGCUAAGCCUGUGCGGGAAUUGGCGGUCGGCAAGGGCGAAAAGGCGAAGACGGAGAAGAUUUACAGACGAGCUGAGAUUGAGCUGGUGUUUGGUGUCGAAGCAUGGUACAAGGAGGGAAGGAAAGUCAAGGUUGGCGAGGAGCCAUUGAAGAAGGUAAAAGCACGAGCCGUGACGCUUACCCGCAAACGUGAGCACGAGCAACAAAUGGCGGAAAAUGAGGGACCUGUAUUGCAGGGCCUGUAUGCAAAGUACCAAACGGAGCUAUAUCGGCCUCCUCCGGUUGUGAAUGGUGCUAUUCCAAAGAACUCGUAUGGUAAUGCAGAUUGUUUCGUGCCGACGAUGAUCCCGGAGGGUGCGAUACAUUUGCCCCAUCGUGGUAUUGCGAAGGUUGCGAAGAAGCUUGGGAUUGAUUAUGCGGAGGCAAUCACGGGGUUCGAGUUUAAGUCCCAGCGUGCGAUCCCUGUUGCCACGGGUGUUCUCGUGGCGACGGAGAACGCUGAUAUGCUCAUGGAGGCGUUCAGGGAGGCUGAGCAGAUUCGUCUCGAAAAGGAGAGUGGGAAGAGACAGGCGGAAGCAUUGAAGAAGUGGCGGAAAUUCAUUGUGGGGAUGAGGAUCAGGGAGAGGUUGAGGGAUGAGUAUGGGAACGAUCAUGAGGGGUUAAAGAAGCAUGAGGAAAGGCAGAGUGAGUUUGCGCAUGUUGAGGAGGAUGGAGGUCAUGGUGAAUUUGUUACUGAUGCGCAUGUCAAGGAUGACGAGGAGAAGGUUGAUGCGUUUGGUAGAGAUUUUGGUGGAGGGUUUUUGCCCGAGGGCAUGGAUGUUGAAUUAUUGCCUGAGAAAAGGGGUGUGUUGGAUGAAGAAACCUAA